GCGGCUGGAGCGGCGGGGCCUGCGCUCGGUUACUAUCCCAGCUCCGGGGGCGGCGGAGCAGGUUUUAGUAGAACAUAACUAUAUUAAUAUUGAAAUUUGCAAAUGCAAUGGAAGACGGCAAGACUGCAGAGGUGCUAGAUAUUCUUCGACUUAACGUGGGAGGUUGUGUGUACACAGCCAGACGGAAGUCUUUAUGCCGCUUUAAGGAUUCAAUGCUAGCAUCUAUGUUCAGUGGACGUUUUCCUCUAAAAAUAGAUGAGUCUGGGGCUUGCCUUAUUGAUCGAGAUGGAAAUCUCUUUGAGUACCUUUUAGAUUAUCUUCAUGGAGAAGUUCGGAUUCCAAAAGAUGAACAAACGCGAAUUGCAUUGCAGGAAGAGGCAGAUUACUUUGGCAUCCCUUAUCCAUACAGUCUGUCUGACCACUUAGCCAAUGAAAUUGAGACAUAUUCUUUAAGGUCAAAUAUAGAACUUAAAAAGGCUUUGAUAGACUUCUGUGAUUCUUACGGUUUAGCCUGCACCAAGCCUACCGUUUGGGUUCUGCACUAUCUCAACACAUCUGGAGCAAGCUGUGAGAGUAGGAUUAUAGGUGUGUUUGCCACAAAAGCUGAUGGGACUGACGUACUUGCAAAGGAACUGGGAGGAAGAAUAAAUAAUAAAAAUAUGUACAAAAGAGAGGCUGGAAGUAAUGUCCAGUACAUCUGGAGUUAUUAUUCAGUGAGUGAACUGAAAAAGAUGAUGGAUGCUUUUGAUGUCUGGGAAGGAAAAGGAACUUCAGGUUUCAGCUAUUGGAGAAUGCCCCAGCUGAUAGAAUGUUGGACUCUUGAAGAACGUCCUUUGAGAGGAAGUCUCCGUCAUAUGUCUCCAGUUCAUAAAAGACGAUUAAUAGACUUUACUGAAGAGGAGGAAGAUGGUCAAAACUUUAAAGCUGGUCCUAAACCAAUUAGAUUUUCUGGUCCUUCAACAAGUACCCACAUCAAAGUCAAGAACUCUGCUUCAUUAAAGGUAGCUGCCUAUAACACUUCUUCACAUUCUGUGGUAACUCUUAAACGACCCAGCAGUGAUAGUUUGGUACGGCGCAAAGUAGUGCCAAAAACUGAACUUGGAACGUGCCCAUCAUUGCCUACAAGUUCUCAGGCAUCUUAUGGAACUGAAGGUACUGAAAAAGGGGGAGCAUGUCAAACUACAUUCAGCAUCUCAAUGUCUAAGAAACCCAUGACCACUCGUGUGGUAAAACUGAAGCGGACUCCAUUGUGUAUUGUGUCACCAUCUCAGUCAUCUUCCUCACUGAGUAAAACAGAUGAACAUGAAGUUCCUGUUGUUGAAAUUCCUACUACUUCUACAUCACUAAGACAGAGAGAAUCCAAUAUAUCAACAGUGAAUAGUAAGAUCAAGAAUAAUGUGGAGAAUGACAAACUGGAUGAUAAUGUUUAACUCUUUAGCAGAGAUUUCCUGGCAUAAUCUGCUAAAUGAAGAGUUUCUGACCCUGGUGUCAAGGGACACAUCCUGGAUUAUAAUUUAUUACUAGAGCUGGUAAGAAAUUGUGGAGAAAAAUAGUAAAAAGUACAUGGGCAAAAGGUUUUGAAAUUUAUAGUAAGUUAUGAGUUUUCUCACUUUACUUUUAAUUUUUUGGGGGGGGAUGGGGCAGGAUGUGUGGAUUUUGAAAAACACUGUUUGUGAUACAUGGUGACCAUCUCUCAGAUAUUUACUUAAAUCAAGUUGCCAUGAUGUUACUGUCUUUAAAAACAGAAUAUGCACGCAUACAAGCAAACCAAACCUAGCUAAUUUCAUUAUUGAUAGAGGUCAGGAUUUAAAAAAAAUUUGAGACCAAGGUUAGGUUCCUAAAUUUAUAUUUUCAAAUUGGAAAAAAUAGGUUACAUUAAUUAAUUAUGGGGGAGAUCCAGUCUUAGAGCCCGACUCGGACUUCUACUCUCCAGGUAUGUAAAAUACUGGACAUUGCAAAGGUAUCUGACUUAGCAAGAGUAAGGAGCAGGGUUGCUGGCUUCAAAGUGCUUUUUGGGGAGAAUAUAGGAAAAGCAGUUUAACAGCAAUGAAAGGAGCCAUCCUCCUACCUGCCACAGAGGAGGGACUAGGAAAUGUAAGGGGAAAGAGCCUAUCAUGGAAGCAACAGGGCAGGAUCUUUUCAUAGACUUGAGACAUACAUAUAUUACAUUGCCAAGGGGGAGUGUUCUCCAGUGGGGAAUUGAAUGGGCGAGCUAGGAAUUCCUUUGGAAUUGGAAACAGCCUGGCAUUGCACCGUUAUGGUCCAUCCUGUCCUACAGUUGCAGUAAGGCUCUUAUGCCAGACGCACAGCAGUGAUUGCUUUGUUCUCCCCCCGCUCCCUUCAUAUAUGCGGGACUCUGACAUACGAGCAGGGACAAGCUCAGCCUCUUUCAAGCCCAGACAACAAAACAGCAGAGUUUGAAAAAUGGGUAAACAACAAAAAUAUGGGUUGAAUACUGCUUUCAGUUGCACCAGUGUGCAUUUGCAGGAACACCUAUGAAAUCAAUGGGUACUGCAGAUCUACACCUGUGUAGCAAAGCAGAAUUUGCACCAAUGUCUUGAAGAAGUGCCUUGAUUCUCCCUGGGUGUUUAGACCAGCAUUGCUUAAUGAGAUUUAUAUAGUGCAUAUCUUUGCUGGUUUUGCUUGACUAAAAAGAGUUUUAACAUUGCCAACCCAAACUGUUCAAAAAUCACAUGAUAGACUUAAAUCAUGAGACUUUUCAAGCUUUACUCUGAAACCAUGAGGGCUAGAAAAAGACGGUUACUCACC